AUGAACGGCGGCGACAACGGAGAGCAAGGCGUGGAGAGGAAGCAAGACGUGAGUGGGGAGGAGGUUGAGGCUGGGGGCGAUGGGGGACACCACCAGGCACAGCAGCAGGGAAGGGGCGAGGAAGUAGCAGCCACAAAUGCACCAGGAACACAUGCAGCACGUCGUGUUGCAGAGGGCGCAGAUGAAGCAGAGGAGGGCGUACGUCAUGAACCGCAACAGGAAGGGCAGUCAACCGACACUGAUGGUGGUGCUGAUGAUGGUGCUGCCAACGUUGACAGUGAUGACGAUGGUGAUGAUGGCGGUGGCGACGAUGGAGUGGAGCACCCAGUGAGUGGAAGUGUCGGUGACCGUAGCGGUCCCCACGGGGUGACGGAUGGGGUCGGGGCAGCACACGACGAUACCAAUGUUGUGCGCCACGACUCGCCGCCAGAGACCAGUGAUGAGGUGGCGAAUGGAGGACAUCACGAGCGCUCAGGCAGCCCGCAGGAUGGGGGUGCUGUUCUUGGUGACGGUGCUGUUGGCGACGAUGAACACCUGUCCCCGGAUGCAGAGGAAGACGCUGCCUGGGGCUCGUUGGAGUUUAGCGAAGAUCAAGAACCGGCUGACGCUGAAGACGCUUCCGCAACAGAGAAUGGAGCACCACAAGGAGGUCAAGCAGGGCAGCACCAGGACCAAGUCAACCACGAAGACGAAGCUAAAGAAGAAGAAGAAGAAGAAGUAGCAGAAGCAGAAAAAGAAGGAGGAAGAGGAGGAGGAGGAAACCAAACGGAAGAAGAAGGAGGAGGAGGAGGGGAAGAAGGAGCAACAAGAGAAGAACAAGAAGAACAACAACAGCAGCAGCGGCAGGAACAACAACAACAACAGCAAGAGCAGCAGCAGAACGGUGUAAUUUGGGAUGGCAGGGCACAGACGCAGCAGGCCCAAGCUCGCAACGUUGACAGCACUGGUGAGGAAGAUCUUGGCUCUUCCAACAUUGUGUCCACGCAACCAGGAGCCGGAGUCACACAAUCGCAACAAUCAUCAGGCAUGGCCGUGACAACGGCGGCGUCCGCGUCAACAGAACAAACGACAGCCACACCCGGCGCGGCACAUGGACACACAGCUGCGAGCAACGUGGCCAGCGACCCUGCUGGGCUUCACUCACCGAGCGGCCACGUGUCCAAGGAUGCUGAUGACGUGUGGAUUGUUGAGAGCGACACGGCGAGCCGAUAUGAUGAGGACCACUUCCUGCGCAUCCUGCACUCAACAGACUCUGUGCUUGCAAAGAUCAAGCAGCAACAGUCGCAACAGAAAGGCAAGGGAAAGCAAACACAGGGACAGGGACAGCAACAGCAACAGUGGCGGGGAGCAGGACACAGGCAUGCAGCCAGCACAACGCAUGCAGCCAGCACAUCACAUGCAGCCAGCACAACACAUGUGGCAAGUAGCACAAGCACAGAACCCGCGCGUGACCAUCAGGAAGAAAAUGGGCCGGCACCCGUUGAAUCUGGCCAUACCAUCUCCCCGACGCAAGCUGUUUCCACACAGCAAGGGGCACAAGCGCCCACUGCAGCGCCAACAGCAUCCCAAACACCAACGCAGACGACCACAACAGCUGCACCUACCACAACAACUACAGCAGCAACAGCAACAGCAACUGCAAGGCCAGCAACAACAGCUGCAACAACACCAACCACAGCGACAGCAGAGGCAGCGACGCCGUCGCCAGCAGCAACAGCAGUCGUUGGGCGCGGAUCUGGCUCACGGCAGGUGCGGGCAAUGACACCGCGCCACCGCCGCGUGUCGAGCACGCGCAUGGCCCUGCAGCAGUCGAAGCACAUGAGCGAAGACCAAGUAAUGGCCAUUCUACAGCAGAGCGACGACAUCCUGUCGUACCUGCACACAAUCCGCGCAGAGUCGCCGGGCCGCCGCUCAACCGUACACGGUUCCCCCAACACCACCAUUGCCAGCGGCACCAGCGGCACCAGCGGCACGAGCGGCACUGCAGUCAACGCGGCGGGCGGGGCCUGGGCUGGCCGUCGCGCCACAUCGCUGCACACCACCCCAACAGCGGUCGCAACUGGGGCGCCAACAACGAUGACACCAACACCGGCGCUGGUCGUGUCCGAACAUGAACUUCAACACAAGCAGCAGCAGUACCAGCAGCAGCAGCAGCAGCAGCAGCAGCAGCAGCACACCGAGCAGGCGAGCCAUGGCAUUGCAAUCCCGCUGCAAUCACCACCUGUCUCUGCGUCUGCACCGAACCUGCUGCCAGCAACAACGCCGUCACCACCAGCGUCUGCGUCCUCCUCCCAGCACGGCUCGCCCUCCCGCCGCCACAUCAGGGGCAGGCACCAGCAGCUGCUGCAGCACCGCGGUGGUGGUGGUAGUGGGUCGUUUGCGGCGCAGCUGCGGGCACGCUCACGCUCACGAUCACCACGACCACGCUCACGCUCACGAUCACCACGGCCACACAUGCACGGCAGCCCACAGCACCGCGGCGGCUCACUCGCGCAGGUGAAGAUGGCGCAGAUGCAAAUGCAUGAAGGCACCCGAGGCGGGCACGCUGAUGCUGGCGUGCACCAUGCAGAGGAGUAUGACGCAGAGAAACACAUGUUGCGAGUGCAGCAGCAGUUGCGCCGUGAACACAGGCUACGCCAACAACAACAACAACAGCAGCAGCAGCAGCAGCAGCAGCAGCAGCAGCAGCAACCCCUGCCUGUCUCUCCUGCACACCACCGCUCCGUUGACUGGACCCAGCGCCCGCACCUCACCACGCGGCUUGAUGACUCAUCUGCAGCUCCGCAAUCGCCGUCGUCGUCGGUGUCGCUGGCGGAAACCGGCCGCAACGGCCCGCUCUCACCGCCACCCACAUCCGCGUCAGCAUCAUCAUCAUCACACGCACACGCACACGCACACGCACGUACACAUGCUCAUGCACACGUGCACGCCCAGAACCCUGACGGCUCGUUCAUUGCAUCGCCAGCAUCCAGCAUCACCGAUGCGAGCGUGCAUCACCAUGUGGCGUGCACGACCCUGCCAACGCGUUUGCCGCGGCAGCAGCAUCAGGGAGCCCCCGCUGCCUCAACAAGCGCCGGGGCAAUGCUGUCCAGCGCACCAACUUCGCCGUCAUUGGCCGUGCCCACCACGGCUGCGUUGUCAUCCUCAUCAUCGCCGUCUGCUGCUGCCGCGCUGCUGUUUCGGCAGCACAGCGACGCCACGCACGAUCGCACGUCGCCGCGCCUCGCACACGCAGGAUACACCCCGCCAAACAGGAGGAAGAGGCAGGUGCAGAUGAACUCGAUUGUAUCGCGUGCGCGGGAUGCCAUUGGCGACAGCGGUGCGCACACGCACGCGACCAGCCAGUUGUACAUGCUGUCGGGCACGGCAGAUGAAGCCCAGCAGUUAUCACAGGCCACGCCACAACCAUUAUCGCCGUCAACGCCCACCGCUGCAGCCGGUGGCACUGCAGGCCAGACGAUCAGCGCAUCGCCGAAACUGAUGGCCGAGCUCUCACGCCAGCUGGACGUUUUACAGCGAGCGAACAACAACCCUGCGUUGGCAAAAGCGCUUGCAGAUGUGUCCGUGCACACGCUGACGUCCUCGGUGGUUCUCCCACGUUCACGCGAGUGGACAAAUCGUCCACAGGCCGCCGUCGCGCCAAGCACAGCUGAUCCCAUCCUGCAGUGGUGCACGAAACUGGAUGCUCGCCGUGUGAAGCGUCGUCCAUCCGUCAUGACGUCAUCUGGACCGGCGUCCAACGAGCUGACGGUCACAGAGGUUGAUGACGACCACCUGCAAACAUCGCACGACAGUGAUGCCCCCACCACCGUGCUGCCGCGUGAUCGCGAUGUCUCGCAAACCCAGGAUAGUGAACCGGCUGACGAGGACACAUGA